GGUCGCACCUUCUCGGGCUUACGUCUAGACCUUCUUCGACUUGAUGAUAAUCAGGGUCUAAUUUUGGAUUCAGAAGCUUUUGAAAAUCUCACUGUUUCCUCCCUAUCUUUGCAAAACUGUGGCCUUCGAAGUCUUUCCUACGAGGUGUUUCGACCACUUCUAAAUUCGAGAAGCCUCACAACCCUGCGUCUCACUUCCAAUAGUCUCACCACGCUUGAUGCUCGCUUUGAACCCUUUUUUAGAAACCUCUCAUUCCUCUCUCUGGCCAGAAACCCCUUUAUAUGUGACUGCAAACUCAUGUGGUUGAGUCGAACCCUCCAGCGCAAACGACGAGCAGACAGUGAUGACGCAUUUCCCAGGAUCAGCGAUGAUCGCUUACCAAUUGUGCUAGAUGACGACCAUCCUGUUUGUGAGUCCCCAAAUCGUCUACGUGGAAAACAAAUUGUGUCACUCACUACGGGUGACUUUUUCUGUGGUCCUCCACAAAUGCGAGCGUUAGAGGUGGAUUUUAGCGAUCUCCGAGUCGGUCACUCCAAGACUCUCAAUAUGACCGGAGUCGUGCUCAUUAAAUGCGCAGCUCAAGGAUCACCGGAAAUGCAGCUGGUGUGGUUUCGACGUGAUCGUCGGGGUGGUGAACCGACUCGCUUGCCUGGCUUAAGACAGGUAGCUCCAGGUGUUAUAGAAGUGUCAAUUUCUCAUUCCCUCCUUGCCAAAAAUUCAAAUAUUGAGACGGAAGACACAGGAGAAGUUUUCACCUGCCUCGGAAUGGACACUUAUGGCAACACAAGCGCUGACCUGUCUUUACGGUGGCCUACGCUACCACUACCAUCACCUCUGCCAUCUUCUUCAACUUCCAGCAAUCGUAAUCUUAUGGAACCUUCGUCAGGCGAUUCAAAGUACCUUGAUAGUGAUAAAGGCCAGUUUCAGUCGGAUCGACUCGACGAAUUCUUUUUCAUGGUGCGUUCCCAUUUUCCUCACUUAACGUCCUCUGUCACAACUAUGAAAAGGGCGUCACUUUUUGCAAGAAAUAAAUAA